UAUUUAAAAUUUAAAUUUCGAAGCUCAAACUAAUGAGUAAGCAACAAGUAGUUUGAAUAGAUUACUAUUUAAUCAGAAUUUAUGCCUUUAAAUAUUUCUAAAACAAAUAAUAUUUUAAAUAAAAAGUGUUAUUAAAAUGCACAGUUGUGUAGCAAAACUUCCCCGAAAGUUUGCGGCGGACAAAGUAACAGCAUAUCUUUCCUAUCCGAAAAUUGCAAUAUUCGAAGACAAAAAUGUUAUUUUUGCCGAUUGUGCGAAAUUGCAGGAGCCUCCAUCGUACAAAGAGUAUCCAUUCGAUCAUGAUAUUCUUAAUCAUAUACUUUUCAAACAAAAUCUAUGGAUUGUUUUAAAAUCUUUUGAAAUCAUAGUCAUAAACAUUGAAAGGGAGGCAAUGUUAACAAUAAUACCGAACAACUACGCCAAUUAUAAAAUUCGUGAUUUUGAAUGUGAUGGCAACAAUAUCUUUCUAAUAAGUGAGAGUGGUGAAAAGCUUAAGAACCCAUUUACACAAGAGCAAUUAAAUAAUGAAUUUGAAAAAGGUACAAACACAGUAACAGUACAACUUGAAAAAACUACUACAAGCACAAAACAAACUCUCAGGGAACCCCAUUUUAAAAGUGGUUUUGAUAUUUUGGCCCAGAAUUCAAAUAUUUGUAUUACAUGUCCAGUAACUGGCCUGAAUAAAAUAUUGGCAACAAAUUCAGAACUUAAAUAUGUAAAACCCUGGGAUGAUAAAGCUGUUUUUGGUAAUGAUUUAAAAAUGUGGGCAGUCAAUUUGAAAAACAUGCAAAAAGCUUUUGACUUUGAAAAUAUAGAAUCAAACUGUUUGCCCCUUGGUUAUUAUUCUGACAGUUUUUAUUUUAUUUUAUGGGGAAAUGAGACAAUUAAUGUUCACAAAACAUUAAAAAGAAAGGACAAAGAAACAAAUCAGUGCAUCGAAAAGGGUACCGGAUCAUCUCAAGAAUCAUUAAAAUUACAACUGAAAGCUGUCCAACAAGAGGUAUUAACACAAAUUAAUCAACCGGAACAAUUUUUGCCACAGCUUCAGAUGUUAUUUAAGGACAUUGAUGAUUCCAGUUUUCUGUUAAAUGUAGCGACGAAAUUGUGUCAACAUGAUAUUAUCUACAAGUCAUUGUUAUUUUCUAUUCAAAAGAAAGUAUUCAAUACUGAAGAUAAAAAACUUAUAUCUUCUUAUUUGGAUUUAAACAUCAAAAUAGACUUGUUGGAAUAUAUAUAUUUCCGAAGUGUUAAUCAGGUCUUAAAUAAAAACUAUGAUGAUGUAAAUAUUUUUGAUAAGAACUGUUUUGAACUUUGUCAAUUGUUUGUAUCAAAAUCGGAUUUAGAUUUAGCAUCUAUUUGUUGGCUUAAGUACUCAAAAAUUGAUAUUAAAAUUGACCCAGAGAAUAUAGUAAAAAUUCUAAAUGCUACUCCUCCAAAUAUAAAGUUAGGUACACUUACUAUUUGGCUACGGAAUUUUAUACCUGCUUUUACGGACAAUAAUCCGUUUCAUAUAGAUUUAAUAUCUAAAUGGGCGAUUGAGAGGAUAUUUCUAUUUGAACAAUCACCAUUUUGGCCAAAAAUUGGUGUUAAAUACAUCGAAGCUAUAAUAGAUGUUUUAGAAUCAUCAUUAAAAACUAUCAUCAUAAGACCAAUAUCUAUUGAUGAGCUAGAUAAAUUACGAAAUCAUGUUAAAUACAUCAUGGAACUUAAGGAAAAGUAUAAAAUAAAUAUGUUAAUAAGUGAAAUUUCAUCACAAAGCCCAAUAGAAGUAGCACUAAUAAUGCUAAGACGUUGUUAUACAGAAGACUUAAAAAAAUUCAUUGAUGAAAACCUAUCGGCGUACGCUAAUCAGCACCAAUUUGAUUUGGAUGAAACAGUGUGCUCCUUUAUAGAAAUACAGACAGCAAGUGGUGGUGGUGAUGUGGAUGGUGAAAGAUUACAAAUUUUACUAGAUGCUAUUCACUCUCCUACAUCCAAAUUAAACUGCCUUUUACGUGUUCUAAAACUACUGGAUGUGCCAUGGGAUUCAACAGUCUUAAGCUUAGCAAAAAAAGCAGCGGCUUUAUCUUUUACAGAUUUCACACUUACUAAUACAGAUAGAGCUAUUUCAGAAGAAAUACACAAGGAAAUCAGUUAUGCUAAAAUCAGGGUAGUUUUGAAAAAGUAUAACUUCCCUAUAAAUUUUUCCAAUUUUAUUUUAGUUAUUCAUAAAGUGAUCAACUCUACAGUUAUUGAUUUGUCUGAUUUAAAAACCAUUACUGAUGCAAUUCCAGCGUACCGACAUUAUGCCAAUGUAACAUAUAUAGACAAAUGCUUAAGAGAAUGUGAAACUAAGGCAGCUUUAGAAUAUUAUCGAAGUCUAUCAAAUAAAGACCAAAAGAUGGUGAUAAAAAGUGUAGAAAACAAAUAUGAACAUAUUAUUACUGGGGUUAGCAAUAAUACGUUAGAGCGAAAUUAUUUAGAUUUUUUGAAAGGAACACAUCACCUACCUACUGCUAAAGAAAAUGUUGUUGAGAAAAUGUAUUACCUCAAGAAUUCAUUUGGUGUUAAAUCAUGCUUGAAUGAAAUAUUCAAAGAGGAUUCCAAUAAAUUAAUAAACAUGAAAUGUGAGACAAGUUCCGCAGAUAUUGAUUAUUCUAAAAAUAUAAAUACAGAAUAUGUUUCUCAACCGCAAUAUUCAAACUUGGAAAUACUUCUACAUCAAUCUUCGACUGUAAAUCAAAUUCGUACUGUAAUUAAACAAUUGAUUAUGCUGCACAGUAAUAAUGAAAGUAAUUGCGAGCUAUUGGUAAACCAAUUGAAAAAUAUAGAUAGUGCGCAGUUAAUAUUAGAUUCACACUGUGCUCUUUCAAAUAUAAUAUGGAACUGUCAGGAAGAAUAUCUGCAUUUACUAGUAGACAUUAUAUCAAUUUUAAAUGCUAUUAUUAACACUAACAUAAUUUUCAAAAACUUAGCAUUAACAUGGAAAUUUAAUUACAUAUUCUUACCCAUGUCUUCAGUCAGCACAGUAAAUAACCUAAUUGAUAUCUAUUUAGAUAAUAAAGCCAAAACUACCAUUGACGUACCUAAUAUUUUUAAUAGCAGUGACUUCAUGCCACUAAGAAUAAUAGCUUAUGCAACAAUUCAAGAAAAGAUUUUGGGCACUAGAUGUGACGAUAUAAUAAUACAUCGAGAUAAGAUUGCGAGAAAACUAAUAACAAAAGUAAUUGCGUCACAAGACCUUGAUCAAGUUUUACUCACAAGUUUACUGCUGCUAAGUAAUGAUUUGAUGGAAGACAAAUUUGGUAUUGUUGAAUUACUUCGUGGGCAAACUGACAAUUUAGCACCAUCGGCAGUCUAUUAUUUAUCUUGUCAACCUAUACAGCAAUGUUUUGGACUAGAAGGUGUUGUCCCUGGAAGUUCAUUGAGUUAUCCUCCCCAAUAUAUUUUAAAAUCUAAAUUUAAUAUAAACCUUGCUGAAAUAGCUCUUCCCGACUGCACAGAAGAAACUUGGGAUGUAAAAGUUUUGUUGUUCUACAUUUUAAGACAGUAUCCAAACACCAAUUUCGAUCGACUUGUGGAAUUAUGCAAUGCUUUAAAUGUUUGCGUAAAUGAUGGUUUAUCCUUACUUUUGAUAUCACUGCUAACUAACUGGGAGCUGGAAUAUAAAGUACACGAGGAUGAUUUGGGGUGCCGGAAAAUUAUCUUAAAUAACAGUGAACAUGAUCUUAUAUCAAAAUGUUUAAUAAUUUGGCAAAAUAUUAUGAAAAAAGAGUUCCUCAUAGAUGUUCUUAAUGAUUUUUGGAAAAAUGGUGAAGUUGUAAUACAUGGCUGCUUGAUAUCAAUAAAUCCUUACUUUUAUGAGGUUUUGCUUUGCAUUUAUCAUAUUUUAAAAUAUACGACUUCAGAGAUCAAACAUACUAAGGAAUAUCUGAUUCUUAACUUUUUAAAAGAAUAUCAGAGAAAAAGCAGCCCUAAACAGUAUGAGUUCGAACUAUUUUCUGUUAAAGGUCUAUUUCCUGAAAUUGGGCAUUAUAGACUACCUUUUCAUCUGUUCCUACGUGAAGAUAUGUGGUCAAAUUUAAAGUCUGAAAUAACGUUGGAAACAUAUGAACGUUGGCUUCCAAUUGUCGCGCUUCUUUCUCUGGAUGCGAAUAUACAAACUGCUAAAGAUAUGAUAUGUAGCAAUGCAGUUAAACAAACGAUGACAUCAAGGAAGCCCAGUUCUGAAGUGGAGAAUAAAGAUAAUGAAUCUUGGAAGUUAACAUCCAAUGAAGAACCAUUGCUUCGUACUGCACAUAAGUGUGUAAAGCAUAUUUCGAAUAUGGAAUGGGCAGGAGCGUGUUUGUUUUAUGUACUUCAAGGAUGCGCCCAAGGAGCGGACCAAGUAGCCGCUGCUCAACUUUGCUAUCAAUUUUCACAACGCUGGGCUGCAAUCCAACCCGGCAAUCGAGCUGUUCGACAAAUGGAACGCCUGCAUUCAAACUUGUCGACCAGACAUGUGUUGCAUAAAAUGAAUUGGGCUUGUGAAGAAUUUAUUCGCCUGACAUCAGAACCCACGCAACUCAUCCAUGCCUUGUAUUUACACCCAAUUUUUGUGGAAAAGAUUGGUCGAAAUAAUAUCAAUAAAGCGACCAACGAAAUAGCCGAUAUAAAUUGUAUUAAUAUAAACACUAUUAGAAUUCAAAUUUUGGAAAAUCUGCUGGACAAGAAUAAGAAAGAUAACGAGGCUACUCUGAACAUCAAUGAACUGAUUACUGCAAAAUAUAUAUUAAAAGCGACUUGUUCCAAAAUGGGAGCUAUAUACCUAUCUCGAAUCGCAUUUGACGACGAAAAUGAACAGAACAAAUUGAAGAAGCUGCGAGCUCUUCAAUGCUUUAUGAGUGUCGUACAAGAGGAUAUAUCAGUUAAAGUUACUAAUAAAGAACGUAGUAAACUCUGGUUAAAUGCAUUGGAUUUACUCCAUACAGUUUUACUUGAAAGAAUUGAUAUGCCGUGGGUUAUUUCUAAUUUUAGAGUAAAUAAAAAUGCUGCUCUGAUACAGCUAGUGCAGGCGUAUGGAGGUAGGGUCGACGUUUUAAAAGUAGCUGCUGAAUUAGCAAAUAAGUUUGGAGACUUCAAAAUUAUUCGCGAACUAAUACCACUCUUAUUGAGGUUCUCCUUACAUGAAGAAAUGAUUCCAUUGCUGUUAAAAUUGUCUUUACCACCAGACAGUGUUAUCUGCUCCGCUUGGCGUGCUAUUAUUCUGUCUCCAUUUCAAAAGGCGGACUAUCCUAUCACAGAAAAACAAAAAACUAAUUGUAUAAAUGCCUUAAAUUUGCUGCCAUUGUGUCCGAUAGUAAAAGAUGAAGAUUUAAUUGACAUGUGGAAAAAUUGUGUUCGAUGCAAAUGUAUUGGUUUGGGUUGUUUGAUUUUGCCGUACAUGACAGUUGAAACUAGACAGAGAUUAGUCGAGUUAAAUAGAAUUGAUAAGCGAAAUUUAAUUAUAGGUUUAAAAAAUUUACACGCUGAUACAUAUCUGGCAUCUAGCGCAAUGUGUGUUAUAGAAACUAUGUCGCGAAAGGUUGGUAAGAAAUAAUUGUUGAGCCAGUCGGGGCACUUGAUUAGAAUCCAUCAAUUUAAAAUAAAAACUUAGUAAUAUUAUUUGUAUAAAUUUAUAUCUCUUAAGGCAAACUGCAUGCUAUAGAAUAUAUAAUUAAGUACUUCGUUUUUGUGAUCAUGUUCUUUUAUACGAAUUAUUUAUCUAGAGUGUAAGGCUAAGUAAUUGUAAACUUUGCAUGUGCUUUGUGAUAAUAAUAUGAUAUUGUGUAUAUACGGCUUAAAAGUUAAAAAUGAUAAAAUAUGUAACUACCCA